AUGGAUGAUCAACAACAAAAACAAAAACGUAAAAAUCGUAUUCGUUCUAUUGUCAGCUUUACUCAAGGAAUAGCAAUUACUCUGUUUUUAUUUUCUGUCACAAUUGCUACAUAUUUGACAGUUAUAUAUCGAGCUCGUCUUGCACCACUUAUUAAUUAUGCUAUUGUUUUUGAUGCUGGAAGUUCUCAUACGGAAAUGUUUGUUUAUAAUUGGCCUGCUGAUAAAUCAGAAGGUUUAGGUACAACAUCAUCAGUCAGUCAAUAUUUUGUUUGUCCACUCGCAUCAUUAUUUGUUAGUGAUCCAAUAAAAGUCAACAGUUCCAUGAAACUUAAGGCUAUAUCUGAUUUUGAGCAAUAUCUUGAUUUAUUAGAUGAUUAUUUUGCACCUUGUUUAAAUGAAGCAGUAGCAAAAAUACCAUCCAAUCGUCAUAAAUUUUCACCAAUUUUUCUUGGUGCAACGGCAGGUAUGCGUUUAGUACGUUUACGUAAUAGAACACGAUCAAAUCAUAUACUUGAAACAAUACGUGAAAUAUUUUUAAAUUAUCCAUUCCAAUUUGUUACUGCACGACAAGUACGAAUAUUGACUGGUAUGGAAGAAGCUAUUGAUGGUUGGAUAACUACUAAUAUUCUAUUAGAAAAAUUUAAACAUCGUCAUGAACAUAAGAAACAAUCAGGAACAAUAACUUCACCAGAUGAACUUGAUCCAUAUAUGGUCGGUGUACUUGAUUUAGGUGGAGCAUCAACACAAGUAACAUUUAGUUAUAAACGUAAUAUUGAUGAUGAUCCAAUUCCAUCUGAAUAUACAACAAAUCUAACUUUAUUCGAUUCAGUUUAUAGUCCAUAUGCUCAUAGCUAUUUAUGUUGGGGUAAAAAUGUAGCAUUUAGACGACAUCGAGCUCGUCUUCUUAAUGCUGCAUUAAAUGUCAAUCCUAUAUAUUUACCAACAUCAUCACCUAUUGUUAUACGUGAUCCAUGUUUACCUCGUGGUACUAAUGAUACAAUAGUACCAGCAUUUCUCUUUGAUUCACCAUGUACAGCGAAUGAAAAACAACAAUUUAAUAAUAAUAGUAUUAAUAUAUCAUUCGUUUCAUUUAUUGGUGAGGGAAGUGCUAGUAAAUGUCGUCAACAUAUUAUAAAUUUAUUUGAUGCUAAACGUAAUGAUAGAAUAGUGAAUUGCUCAUUUAAACAAGAAUAUUGUACAUUUGAUAAUACAUUUCAACCAAAAUUACCAGACAAAAUGGGUUUUAUUGGUCUUUCUGGUUAUUAUUAUGUAUUUGAUAAUCUAGCUCAUGGUAUGUCAAAACCAAAUGGAUCAACAGGUGAACGAUAUAAAAUGAAAGAUUUUCCUUUAAGAGAAAUACACAAACGUAUGAUUAAUGUUUGUGAGACAGAAUAUAAAAUAUUUUAUCAACAAGAAGCUAUGACUCCAUCUAAUGAACAACAUAAACGAGGUUUAUGUUUUGAUGCUUGGUUUGUAUGGCUUUUAUUAACACGUGGUAUUGGUUUUACAGAAAAUGGUUUAAAACAUGUAAGUUUUGCAAAGACAUUCCCAACAGGUAAUGUUGGUUGGACACUUGGUUAUAUGAUUAAUCAAACAAAUUAUAUUCCGGCUGAAUAUCGUGAAAGACGAAUAGAAAAAAGUCGAUUUAUUAGUUGGAUAACAAUAUCAAUAAUGCUUGCUUUAAUUACAUUUAUUUAUCUUAUUCUUACAUGCCAAACAUAUGCACGUCAUGCAUAUCGAAAACGAUCAAAUCAUAUAACAACAAUAAAUAAAGAUGGUUAUACUCAACCACAUGGUCAAUCAUUGGUUUAA